CACACACACACACACACACACACACACACACACACACACACACACACAUAAACACACAGACGGAUGACGGGAUAGUCAAAGAACCAUUUCCUCGUGAAUCGGUACCGUGCUGCUUCUUCAGUCUCUGUUAGCUUUAGAGAGAGAGAGAGAGAGAGAGAGAGAGAGAGAGAGAGAGAGAGAGAGAGAGAGAGAGAGAGAGAGAGAGAGAAAUGUCCAGUUUAUUGUAUUUGUUUAUUUAUCGCUUGCGUUUAAUUUUUGCUCCGUGAUGACAGAAAGUGAGAGAUGCGACUUUACUCCGGUUUGAAGCUGAAUUAUUAGACAUUUUUAGAUUUACUGUAAGAAUGUUGACGUGCGCGUGCGUGUGUGUAGCAGAGAACCAAACCUGGUCAACCAAAGUAUGGCUUUAAACAGCGUUUUCUUUGCGGCUCUAUUGCAGUUUUUGCUGACUUGUACAAGACGGCGGCACCGGAUCCGUUUGUGUGCACACCUGUAUUGAGGGGUAGUGACAGGGCAGAUGUAAAAGUCGGUGUAACGGUGCUCACUGUACAGAUACACUCAUUACCUUCCGUAGCAUAAAUAACGAGCUGCCUGAUGCUCUUCCUGUCUAGUUUUCUGUUUGCUCGUCUUCAACUCAAGCCCACACACUAAAGCAAAACACCAGCGCGAGCGCACCGAUGUAACAAUGACACAAAGGCACAACACCAAAAGUAAAAAGGCGCAGUAAAGCCGGCGCACAAACCCGUCCAUGUACCACAAAAGUAAGACCAACAAGAGCAACCAAAGAAGAAGAGGAGAAGGUAAAGGAAGAAGGACCGAAAGCAGGAAGCUGUAAAGCCACGCGCAGCGGCGGAUCAUGUUCGUUCCUCUGCCGGUGCCGUUAGUGCUGCAGAGAGCUGCUCCCGACCUCUGGCGCCUAAAAGCCCCGCUGUCUCUGCGCUCCACACACGAUAUCAGGAUGAAUAAUGCAGUCGAUGAUGAGAAGACUGAACCCGACUUUCCUGCAGACAGCACAGAUUCGAUGAAGAGCAGUCCUAAGUCUAGUGAUCAGCCAAUGAAAACAAGUCCAUUCUGCCUCUCUCCAGCACCAAGCCACACCAAGGUUAAAGUAGGAGAUGUCCUUGAGCUCAGUUCCCAUGUCCCACAUCCACCUCCUCCAGCUCAGCCUCCUCUACCACAUACACAGCUCAUGUUGGCAGGCAAUCAGCUUGCAGGGCUUGCAGCUCUUCUCCCUGCACAGCAGCAGUUAUUGCUACAGCAGGCUCAGGCACAGCUCCUGGCCGCUGCAGUGCAGCAGACCAACGCAGCUCACGCAGCUCACGCAGCCAGUCAGCAACAGGCUCAGCAGCAACAGGCCAAUCAGACUUCAGCACAAGGCCAGAUGCAAGUUAAAACAGAGCAAAGUUCUGCUCAUGCCCCACCACCACUUGCCCUCUCACAGCCCAUCCAGCUCACUGCCCAGGAUAUUCAGCAGCUGUUGCAGUUGCAGCAAUUGGUGCUGAUGCCAGGUCACCCUUUGCAUUCUCCUGCUCAGUUCCUCUUACCCCAGGCACAAGCCCAGCAGAGCCAGCAGGGGCUGCUUUCAACACAGAACUUGAUUCCACUACCUCAGCAAAGUCCUGGAUCUCUCCUGACCACACCAACCAGACUGAGCAUGCAAACACAGCGCCAUCAUGACGCCAGGCCAUGCUCGUUACAAAGGGAGAAGGGACGAGAGAGCAGCAUGACACCAUCAGUCGCUGCACCAAUGAGCUUGGCUGCGACAGUCACAUCACACAGCGAGGAGCCCAGUGAUCUGGAGGAGCUGGAGCAGUUCGCUCGCACCUUCAAACAAAGGAGAAUUAAACUGGGCUUUACCCAGGGUGAUGUAGGAAUGGCCAUGGGUAAGCUGUAUGGUAAUGACUUCAGUCAGACCACCAUCUCACGCUUUGAGGCUCUCAACCUCAGCUUCAAAAAUAUGUGCAAGCUCAAACCGCUGCUGGAGAAAUGGCUGAGUGAUGCAGAAACUAUGGCAAUAGACAACAUGCUGCCCAGUCCCAGCUCACUGUCUUCUCCGGUUCUGGGCUUUGAGGGGUUGCCUGGACGACGCAGAAAGAAACGCACCAGUAUUGAGGCGAACGUCCGUGUUGCUCUGGAGCGAAACUUCAUCACGAACCAGAAGCCUACCUCAGAGGAGAUCCUUCUGAUGGCCGAGCAGCUCAACAUGGAAAAGGAAGUGAUCCGUGUGUGGUUCUGUAACCGCCGUCAGAAAGAGAAACGCAUCAACCCCUCGAGCAGCACCCCUCCCCUGCCCAGCCAGGCCCCUCCUACCACACACAAACCCCCCUGCUACAGCUCACACAUGAUGUCCAGUCAGGGACUAAUUCAGGCUCCUACUUCAAGUCUCAGUGUGACAGCUGCUAGCCCCGCCCCCUCUGCAGUCUGCCCUCCUAACCCCGGGGGCCAUGUAUCAGUGAGCUCUGCCCCACCACCAGUGACUUCCCCCCCUCUCAGCAGAGCUAGCCCCAGCCCCACUGGGAACUCAAUGAUGGGUGUAAGCACAAGCAUGAACCAGGCUCUCAUCAGCAGCCAUCCACUGGCUACAAUGCAAGCUCUGGCUGUAAGAGGUGGCCAGAUGUCCCUUUCAGCACUCGAGAGCAGUGGUCAAAUGUUCCUUGGUGGGGCUACAGGGGUGGGACUGUCCUCCCUCUUUCUUAACCGCCCCACCAUGUUGCCCAUGGCCACAGGCACCGGUAUGGGAUUGGUUAGCGCAGCACGUGCAUGUUCACCUUCCAGUGCCAGCCACUUGAGCCCAGACUCCUGCUCUGCUUCUCUAUGCUCAAGUCCUGCUUCUUACUGCUCCUUCAGUGAAGCCUCUCCACCACCUCUAGGAGGGGCAAUGGCUGAGUGACACCUGUAAGGGCCAAUCACACAACGAAGGGGAGGAGUCAGAUGCAGCUGAGACAACUUGCCUUCUCAAGCGAAGCCAUCAUUUACUCCCUCCAUUUCUCUACUCCACUCCCUCUCCCACAAAACCAAACAUAUAAAAUAAAAAUAAGGGAAGAACGGGUGUGAAAAACAUGAAGAUGAGGGUGGGUGGAUUAACAAAGAAGUUUAUUGGUCUUUUUAUUUUAAGGGUGGAGUUGCAGUGUGUCUUUGUUGGCCAUUAAAAAUAAUGUACAAUAUUCCAUUCUAAAAGAACAAAAAGUACCUUACUACCAGCUGACACAGAAGAUAAGGACAAGAGCCAAAGUGAUUGUUGUGAAGGAAUAAGAUAGUGGAUUAACAGAAUGAAAGAAACGAAUUUGACCAACGGUCACUGGAUGGAAGGGAUGAAUUAAUACCAAAAAAAGUAGCUUGAGAAAAAAAAUUCUCAAAAAGACAAAAUUGACAAACAUGCCAAAAUAGCCAAAACCAAAACACCAAAAACUGAAACCAAAAAAAUCGGAGAGAAAAGCUUUACUUAAAGGACUUUUAAAACCUGACUGUCCAGGAUCAGUUCAUCAGCUCCACAUACACCACUCUGUUUUCAGGUUUUUUACUUCAUUUUUUCCUUCAUUAUAUUUAAAUCUAUUUUCUUCAUUAUUUUGUGUCUUUAUCUACCUCUACCAUAAGCUUGCUAGAGUAACUCUAUUCUUUUUCUCUUAUCAUCAUCCGUAUGUGUGGCAUGAUAAAGUGAGUGUUUGUAUCAGUACAGCUUUAAACCCUUCAGCAUCACGAUUCCUUGUCUUUUUAUGAUACCAAACAAACUCUGAUUCAUUCUCUUCAUCUCUUGAUACCAAAGCAUUUGUCUGUCCUUGUGGGCAUCAGCAUGCAAGUGUUCAGACAAGACCUCAGAUAUGUCAGAAGAUCUAACAUCUAACAAACUGAUGCUUCCCCGUGACUCCUUAUGUCACCCUCUGCUGUGUGCUAGAAAGGGAACGAUCAAACCGGUCAAAUCAAGAAUGCUAUUAAUAAGGAGGGAGAAAAAUCAAGAUGAAUGUGUGGGAGAAGGUCUACAAGCACCGUCUGUAGGGAAAGCCUUCAAAAUGGAAUACAAAGCAUCACUACUGAUGAUUUUCUUUUCUUUUCUUUUUAAACACAAGAAGCAAACCAAAAAAGUGAGCAAAACUAGCGAAUGAGUGAACUACAUGAAAACAAGGAAGCAAGAGGUGGAUGAAGAGGAUGUGUUGGAGCAACAGAUGAUCACAGACAGUUCUGUGGUGAAUGACAUGCAAGCUCCAUGUUCCUCUCCUCCUUCCUCCAUGAUCUGUGUGACCUUGUUUUUUUUCACUCACAUUCCUGAAGAAUAUUUAUUGACCUCACUGAACUGAACUUAUAUUACAUAUAUAUAUAUUUUGGUUUAUUGCCUUUUUCUUGCUUUAUAUGUUGACACACUAUGACUUUGUCUCAUUCUUUCUAUUUUUGGGAUGAUUAGGAUAAUGUAUUGCCUAUUUUGAUAUGUUGUUUUGAUCUUACUGUGGGGAGUUUAAGAUAUUACUGUGAAAAUGUAGCUUCCAAGUUAUUCCUUGAUCGAGAAUGUUGUGAGAAAAAAAACAAAUGAGCCAAAACUGGAAAAAACCAAAAGCAAAAUGUUUUUUGUUACAAAAGUGAGCCAAAUAGCAGCCAAACCAAUGAACAAUGGAUGGAGAGAUACAGUCAACUACCUGCACUGGUGCUAGGAGAGACUGAGGGUGUGUAAUAAAGUGUGUGUGUGUGUGUGUGUGUGUGUGUGUGUGUGUGUGUGUGUGUGUGUGUGUGUGUGUGUGUGUGUGUGUGUUCUCCAGCACCUAAACCAAACUUAAAUGAAGCAGUUAGCCUACACACCUUUUGUCCACUGAGGGCAGUGAGUAGCUACUGUACAUCAUCUCAAUAGAACAACAAAGACCCAAAGAAACCAAUGAUGACUCGAGCUGUG